UAUCCAUGAAAUCACUUGCAGCGUCUAUCGAACUUUAUCUGUUCUUGUUAUUUUGUGCAAACGCAGUCACAUUUUAUACAUUUUUAACAUUUUCUCCGGAUGAACCACGAUUUUCAUCUCUCUUUCCAUUUUGUUGGUGUGACAACCUGCAAUUGAUCGCAUUCAGCCAACUCUCACAUAAUCAUUUUUUACAUCAAUCGUCAAAUGUGGCUGACUGAUGAUACAUACACCUAACUAACUGACCUGAUCGCGUUCCACUGCUUUCGACACCGAAAGAAGCGAGGCGAGAAAAGAAAAGAAGAAAAAAACAGCUUAGCAGCUUAGGUACCCCCCAGGUCGAGCCCUGCCGAAUCGAGUUACGCCGCUCAUCACAGUACAUUACAUAUUACUACCCUGUAUCUUGUUAUCCUGUUAUUUACGAAAGUCCUUGUUGGAACGAUAUCGGCUACUUAUUCUCACGUCGCACGGUUGCUACAAUCUACCUAUCAUUUCAUUCGCCUUCACCCGCGCAUCUUCUGCCAAACCUAGACGCUUAUCCCCUUCGGCUUCUUUCCUUACUUUCCGCCGCUAGGGUACAUAUAGCGUUACCUGAGAGCUGCGCUGCACUGUCAUCAUCCCACAAGAAGGGCACAAGGGUGUUCGCAAUAAGAACGGGAGGUCUCGCUAGGACCUAGAGGAGGAUUUUUUUUUUGUCAAUUUAUUUCUAAACUGCACAUAUUUACGAAUGACUCAAACACCUAUUACCCCUGACAGCGAUACAUCGGAAAUGUCCAACGGGGUCAAUGGCUUUCAUAAGGAGAUCGAGAAGCUCCACGUAAAUGGCGACACGAGUGGCUACUCAUCGUCAGAGGGGGAGGGGGAGAGGAGGAAAACCCUGCCACGCAAACACUCCAGCCCAAUGAUGCCGGCAUUUAUGGUCUCUGCGCCAGGCAAAGUCAUCGUCUUCGGCGAACAUGCGGUGGUCUACGGCAAAGCUGCAAUUGCCGCCUCUAUCUCGCUUCGGUCCUAUCUAUUGGUUACGCACCUCUCCAAGUCGAAACGCACUGUUACGAUGCAGUUUCCCGACAUUGACCUAGUCCACACGUGGAAUAUCGACGAUCUACCGUGGGACAAAUUUCAGCAACCGUCCAAAAAGAAGUACUACUACGAUUUAGUGACAGCUCUCGAUCCCGAUUUAGUGCAUGCUAUGCAACCGCAUUUAGCAGACAUUUCACCGAAUAAGUCGGAUGCUGAACGGAAAAUCCACCAAAACUCCGCCGCCUCAUUCCUCUACCUAUUCCUGUCGUUAGGAUCGCCCAAGUCGCACGGAUGUAUAUAUACUCUACGUUCCACAAUACCAAUUGGUGCGGGUGUUGGAAGUAGCGCGUCAAUUGCAGUGUGCUUAGCUGCUGCUAUGCUCCUACAAAUCCGCACACUUUCUGGCCCGCAUCCGGACCAACCUGCUGACGAAGCGCGAUUACAAAUGGAAAGAAUUAAUAGGUGGGCUUUUGUGGCUGAGAUGUGCAUCCACGGUAAUCCUUCCGGUGUAGACAACACUGUUGCUACACACGGAAAGGCCGUGGUAUACCAACGAACGGACUACAAGAAACCCCCUACUGUUACACCAUUAUGGGACUUUCCGGAACUACCACUACUUCUAGUGGAUACUAGGAUACCAAAGUCUACAGCCGCAGAAGUCGCAAAGGUUGGGAAGCUGAAGUCGACACACCAAGAGCUGGUAGGAUCGAUUUUAGAUGCUGUAGAUAAGAUUACACGAAGUGCGGAAAGCCUCAUAGACGAAGAAUAUUUCGACAGCGAAGAACCUGAAAGCUUACGGCGUAUGGGAGAGUUAAUGACCAUCAAUCAUGGUUUAUUAUCGGCUCUUGGCGUUUCGCAUCCUCGUCUAGAACGUGUGCGAGAAUUAGUCGACCACGAAGGAAUCGGAUUCACGAAGCUUACAGGUGCUGGAGGUGGUGGUUGUUCGAUAUCGCUUAUGAAACCCGAUACACCGCGAGAAAAACUUGAGAAACUGGACCAUCAACUCGAAAAAGAGGGCUACCGAAAGUUCAGAACAACGCUCGGUGGAGAUGGUGUCGGUGUUCUAUGGCCUGCGGUGCUUAAGAACGGUCUGGAUGAAGACGAAGAGGGUGGUAUGGAGAUCGACUUAGACAAAUUCUUAAAAGCGCCCGGCAAUGAUGGUGUAGAGAAACUUGUCGGGGUAUCUAGUGGUCUAGGCGAAGCCGAAAGAGAAGGCUGGAAGUUCUGGAGGGUUGAAAGCCAAUAGAACCAUCAUAAGAAAAAGUCGAACGACAAUACAAUAUGCGAAGGAGUUGUUCGAUGCGCCUUAAAGGCUAUCGCGGCCAACUUGGAUUGGUUGGAGGGGUUGGUUUAAGGAAUCCCAUUUUGGGGAGGGCAACUGGUGGUUGGUCGGAUUAUAGCGAUAGAACUACUAUAGGCGCACAACCACUGAAAAUGGAAGCAAAUGGGCUUCGACAUGGCUGGAAGGAAUGGAAAUAGGGAGGGGCACUUCCCUAACAACACACUAUUAGAGCCAUGGGAAGGUUAAAUUUCCUUCCAAUAGGGAAUUUAAAAAAAUAGGUACUUACAUAACUUAUUAAUACGAAUAAUUAGAGACGAAUAAUUAAUAUUUAUUGAAGCCUUAGAAAUGUACAACACGAG